AUGCCUGCUCAUUCCGAGUGCUCUCACUUCCACGCGAUUCGGAUCGUAUUGCACUACUGCAAGUGGCGUCCGAAAGUUUCGACAAGACCAGGACGUAUUUUACGUCAGGUUAUCGAAAAGGAUCUCAAUGGCUAUGGGAUGAUGGAACGCCAGUUGAAGUUGAAAAGCGGAAUCGUUGAUGUAGAGGAGUACAUCGGUGGCGGAAAAAGCGUGAGAAUCCGCGUACUUCAAGGCUUUUUAAAAGUAGUGAUGGAAGUGGAGUGUGCACGACGAUGCAAGGAGAGUUCGUUGUUGUGCGAGGCUUUCUCCUACGAGCCGCAGGCGCAGAUAUGCCUUCUUACCGAUAGCGCUGACGUUGAUGGUAAUCUUGCACUAAAGAUGACCAGCCAGUUUUACAGGAAACGGUUCUCAGCGAAUCAUCAGUAUCAGCUCAGCUUGGCAGCCCGAGAAGAGUUAAACUUUUUUGAAGGGAAUUUGCACUACGAUCUGGUGAAUAAAGUGUUGCGAGUGUCGAAGAAUAAUACUUGGGCUCAUGUUUGCGAUGAUGGUUUUUCUGUUGACUAUGCUACGACGAUCUGCCGUGUAUUUGGCUACGGGUGA